AUGGCACGCAGUGCUAGCGACCCGUGCCCAUGCGGACGGCCGGACGCGAGGAGCGGAAGCUGCUGCGGAAUGUGGCCUCAGGACGACACCUCCGAAGACCUGGUGGACCCCCGUGCGGUCAUCUGGCGCAGGUUCCACCCCGACCUAGAGGUCUGCAAGAAGGUAUGGAGGCCUGCUUUCUUGGUUUUGGCACCGGGGUCGGUGGGGCCAGGGUGCCCGUACUGCUGCUCGUUUUCGGCCAUUUCGAAGCUGCAGAAGCUUGCCAACCACCCUUCCUUACUGCAGGUGAAGCCUCCGUACAAGUACGGAGACAACGCGCAUAAGAUGCUCGAUGACAUCGCCUUCGCCAACGUGGCUUUCGACGAGGAGGCCAGGGCCAUCAUGGCCGGCCUCCCCGGACAGCACGGCGGGGGUGUGGCUUCAGGGAGUUCCAUCGGGGCAGGAAGAGGGGCCGGUGGGAGGGGCGGAGGUGACGAAUGGGACAGGAGGCUGGCGCGGCCGGAGAACUUCCUGCAGCUCUGUCGAGACGACACUUGCGGCAAGAUGAGGACACUCAAGGUUCUGCUGGAACGCUUCAAGAACAAGCAGAAGGUUCUCCUGUUCAGCUACAGCACGGCGAUGCUCGACAUCCUCCAGGCGCUCUGCUCUAGCCAGGGGUACACGUUCCUCAAGCUGGACGGCAACACGGCGAAGGACCAGCGGCAGAAGAUGAUCGACCGGUUCACGAAGCAGAAUGCGAUCCAGAGUAACGUGUUCCUCGUCAGUACCACGGCUGGCGGAACCGGACUCAACCUCCAGGCUGCUAGCAAGGUCAUUUUGUACGACGUCAACUGGGACGCGCAGGCGGAAGACAGGGCGUACCGGAUCGGACAGCUGAAGGAAGUGGAGGUGUUUCGCCUGGUGAGCACGGGGACGAUCGAAGAGCUGACCUACAUGCGCCAGAUAUACAAGCUUCAGACCAGCGCUGCGACAAUGGGCGAGAAGGCCGAGGGAGGGUUGCGGCAGUUCGAGGGGGUCCAGGGAGUUCGUGAGGAGCAGGGGGAGCUGUGGGGUAUCAGCAACCUCAUGAAGUUCUCGGGAGAGUCGAUGCUCCUCGAGCUAAGACACAAGUUCGGCAAUGGUCUGCCGCCGCUUUUACCUGACUCGAAGGAUGGCCUGGUGAUGGAACCGCAGACGAACGUCGUGAACAUCAUCAACAGCUUCGCCGCCGCCGGUAGCACCGUUGCGGCAGAAGAGGACGCCCAGCAGCGCGAUGCGGCCAGCGGGGAAGAGGAGGAUGAAGAAGAGGAGUUUAAAGACGAUGCCUUGGAAGGUGGCGGUGCGGGAGGGCGAAGCCAGAACGCCGAGCUCGGUGGCGUGGUGAUGCGGCACGAUGAGAUGGUGGCUGCGGAUAGGGAGCAAGAGCUUCCUCCAGGGUCUCAGGAGAGCAUCGCUGAAGUCGACAUGAUGGAUGAUCAGAGCACCGACGAUGAAGCACCGGGCGUCGUAGGCGGCGGCGAAGACAACAGCAUCGUGUCAGCCGACCCAUCUACGGCGCCAUCGGUUAGCAGAUCUGCUGGUGCCGCCCCGGGAGGGCCUUCGAUGUUCGACACGGCCACCCAGGAGCGAGACGUAGGCGAGGAGAACACGACACCUGCCGUUUCUUCGGCCGCUAGUGCCACGACCGACCUUGGUGGCCCCGUGCAACUCACUCCUGACCUAGAUGAGAGCAGGGUUGGCGAUGCUCGGCAGCGUCAUACAGCAGCAGCGGCAGCAGCAGCAGCAGCAGCAGCAACAACUUCGCCGACAAUCGUGCGUGGGAUCGCGGCGGAGGCCGGGUUAGGUUCGCACGGGGAAGCGGAGGCAGCGGCAGCAGAAUCACUUAGCCCCUCCUCACCGGUCGACCAUGCCCCGGGCCGCGGUGAUGGCGCUUACCGCGGUCUUGAGGACAGACAGAACGAAGGCGGGGCGGGACUGUCAGCAGCGGACGAGCCGAGCUGGGCGCUGGCGCCAACGCAACCGCGGCAACAACAAGAACCCUGUCGCCUGUCCCUGGCAUUAGGUUCGUCGCCGUCGAAUCACGGCGGAGCAAGCGACGGGGCGAGAAGGCGCGCCGUCGGUGGUGAAGAGGACAGAGUCGAGGAGGAGGACGUGGAGGAGGCGGGUGAUGGAGGUGCGCCAGAGCAAGCACAACCAGAAAGCGUCGUCAACAGCAGCCUGGAUCUCGACAUUCCCGACAGUGAUGGCGAGGACGACGACAACGGGUCCGCACCGACGGGGACGGGUAUCUCGCAGCGAACAGAGGAUGUUCCCGUCGUCAGUAACGAUGCAGCUGCCGAACCGCCAUCGACGCAGGAGGAUGUCUUGAGUGAUCUGGAUCUCGCCCUCAGCAACUCAGAGAAUGUUUGCUUCACCUCCGAAACACAGCCUCCACCUGGCUUCCUGUAGCCCCCCCCCAGGGCAUGUCUUCUGUUUACCACAUGUUCCUCCCAGAAGACGCCACGUACGACGUUGUUGUACAAAACCACAGCCUGGAGCAACCAACUGGACGCGCCGUCACCAUCACAACGCAACAACGACACCAUCACAACGCAACAGCGACACCAUCAUCCGUGCAGUCCUUGCCGCGCUGCUUCCAGCAAGAAUCAGCGCCCAGGAACGUGUGGUAAAUAGUGGCAUUAGCAGAGCUUCGCAGCCAGGAGGCAAACACUUUCCAAACUGCGGCCGGUGUGCCCUCCCCACAAAGUGCAAGAGGACGAUAGGCGUCGGUGCUACGUGUACGUACGUGUUGUCACCAGGUGUCCGCGAACGAAGCCACCAUUUUACGGGGGAGGCCGUGAAUUUGAGGGGUUGAUGAGUUUCGGCAGGCAUUACAUUUUCUUCAUGAAAGAGGCAUUU